UAUUCCUUGUACUGCUCCCAUCAUGGUAGUCUGUCUGGCCCAGAGUAUGGUGCAGAGGAGCGGCCGCUGGCUCCUGCCGUUCCCUACUGCCCUGUCUCUGGUCUACACCAGGGCUGCAGGAGGCACCCCUUCUCCCUCAGUCGCCCAACCGUCCACCUCCCAGGAUAAGAUUCGGACCGAGGAUGACCUCCCCAGGAUUAAAACCAGGGAGAUGUUGUACAGAUUGUAUGUCCAAGGCUACUACAAGCGUCUACAUGAGCUACAGGUGUAUGAGAAGCAGCUGUACGGCCCCAUGUACAAAAUAGGCGUAGGCAGCAUUAACUCCGUUGCUCUCAACAGUGUGGAGCUACUGGAGGAGCUGCUUAGGAAGGAUGAGAGGUUCCCCAGCCGAGGAGACAUGUCCCUCUGGACAGACUACCGGGACCUGAGGGGCAUUGGUUACGGCCCCUUCACUGAGGAAGGGGUGAAGUGGUACAAUCUGAGGACUGUGCUGAACAAGCGCAUGCUGCACCCUAAAGACUCGGUGCAGUACGGAGACGUGGUCAACGAGGUGGUCAGCGACCUGAUCAAGAGGAUCUACCACCUACGCCGGACCAGCCCCACGGGAGACCGGGUGAACAACCUGUCCAAUGAGCUCUACCGAUUCUCUCUGGAGGGAAUCUCUUCCAUCCUGUUUGAGACUCGGAUCGGCUGUCUGGAGGAAGAGAUCCCGGUGGAGACGCAGCACUUCAUCGAUUCCAUCGCUCAGAUGUUCUCCUACAGCUUGCCGGUGGCCAUGCUGCCCAAGUGGAGCCGCAACAUCCUGCCAUUCUAUGGGCGCUACAUCGCUGGCUGGGAGGGCAUCUUCAAAUUCUCUGUGAAGUUUAUUGAGAUGAAGAUGGAGGCAAUUCAGAAGCGAGUGGACACAAACCAGGAAGUUGAGGGAGAAUACUUAACGUACCUCCUCUCCAAUACAAAGAUGACCAAUAAGGAGGUGUACGGCAGCGUCGCUGAGCUGUUAUUGGCUGGAGUCGAUACGACAUCCAAUACCAUGAUGUGGGCGAUGUACCUGCUGUCCAGGGACUCCAAUGUGCAGAACACCCUUUAUCAGGAGGUGUCACGCUGUGUACCAGGAGACAACAUUCCAUCUGCUCAAGAUGUCAACUGCAUGCCAUACCUCAAGGCUGUAAUCAAGGAAACACUAAGAAUGUACCCUGUUGUCCCCCUGAACUCACGCAUCAUGGCAGAGAAGGAUGUCAUUAUUGGCGGACAUUUUUUCCCCAAGAAGACUUCGUUUACAAUGUGCCACUACGCCAUCAGCCAAGAUGAAAAGACAUUCCCAGAACCAUCAAAGUUCAAGCCUGAACGAUGGUUGAGGGACGGCCGAGUCCGGCCAAACCCCUUUGGCUCUAUCCCAUUUGGUUUUGGGGUUCGGGGUUGCGUAGGUCGUCGGAUAGCUGAACUGGAGAUGUACCUGGCUUUGUCACGGAUAAUCAAGCUAUUUGAAAUCAGACCGGACCCCAGCAUAAGAGAGGUGAAAGCUCUCAAUCGCUCCGUCUUAGUAGCAGACAGGCAAGUCAAUCUGCACUUCCUGGAGAGGACGGACAAAGCUGCCCUUUGAUAUGUUAAAGACAGGUGAUAGCCAUUUGUCACCAAGCAGCCUACAAUAUCUAUCGCUGAAUGUAAUUAAAAAUACACUACAGUUCAAAGGUUUAGGGUCAAUUAGAAAUGUCCUUGUUUUAGAAAGAUAAGCAAAAAAUUUUUGUCCAUUUAAUAUAACAUCAAAUUGAUCAGAAAUACAGUGUAGACAUUGAUAAAGUUGUAAAUGGCUAUUGUAGCUGGAAACGGCUGAUUUGUUUUUUUAAAUGGAAUAUCUACAUACGCGUACAGAGGCCCUUUAUCAGCAACCAUCACUCCCCUGUUGCAAUGGCACGUUGUGUUAGCUAAUCAAGUUGAUCAUUUUGAAAGGCAAAUUGAUCAUUAGAAAACCCUUCUGUAAUUAUGUUAGCACAGCUGAAAACUGUUGUUCUGUUUUAAAGAAGCAAUAAAACUGUCCUUUAGACUAGUUGAGUAUCUAGAGCAUCAGCAUUUGUGGGUUCGAUUACAGGCUCAAAAUGGCCAGAAACAAAUUACUUUCAGAAACAAAUAACUUUCUUCUGAAAAUCGUCUGUCUAUUCUUGUUCUGAGAAAUUAAGGCUAUUCCAUGCGAGAAAUUGGCAAGAAACUGAAGAUCUCGUACAACACUGUGUACUACUCCCCGAUGCACAACUGAGCAAGAGGACAAGUGCAUUAGAGUGUCUAGUUUGAGAAACAGAUGCCUCACAAACCCUCAACUGGCAGUUUCAUUAAAUAGUACCCGCAAAACACCAGUCUCAAUGUCAACAGUGAAGAGGUGACUCCGGUAUGCUGGCCUUCUCGGCAGAGUUCAUCAGUCCAGUGUCUGUGUUCUUUUUCCCAUCUUAAUCUUUUAUUUUUAUUGCCCAGUCUGAGAUAUGGCUUUUUCUUUGCAGCUCUGCCUUGAAGGCCAGCGUCCCGGUAUCGCCUCUUCACUGUUGAUGUUGAGACUGGUGUUUUGCGGGUACUAAACACAAUACCCCAUAAUGCCAAAGUCUCAUUAUAUUUUUUCCAAAUUAAUUAAAAAACAAAAGCUGAAAGGUCUUAAGACAAUAAGUAUUCAACCCCUUUGUUAUGGCAAGUACAAAUGUGCUGAACAAGUCACGUAAGUUGCAUGGACUCACUGUGCGCAAUAAUAUUGUUUAACAUGAUUUUUAAAUGACUACCCCAUCUCUGUACCCCACACAUACGAUGUAUCUGUAAGAUCCCUCAGGCGAGCUGUGAAUUUUAAACACAGACUCAACCACAAAGACCAGGGAGGUUUUCCAAUGCCUUGCAAAGAAAGGCACCUUUUGGUAGAUCGGUAAAAAAAAGCAGACAAUGAAUAUCCUUUUGAGCAUGGUGAAGUUAUUAAUUACACUUUGGAUGGUGUAUCAGCCUGUCACUACAAAGAUUACAGGAGUCCUUCCUAACUCAGUUACCGGAGAGGAGGGAAACCACUCAGGAAUGUCACCAUGAGACCAAUGGUGACUUUAAAAAGUUACAGUUUUAUGGCUGUGAUCGGAGAAAAUAUAACAUGGAUCAACAUUGUAGUUACCCCACCAUAGUAACCUAAACGACAGAGUGAAAAGAAAGAAGUCUGAACAAAAUAAAACAUUCCAAAACAUGCAUCCUGUUUGCAAUAAGGCACAAAAGUAAAACUGCCAAAAAUGAGGAAAAUAAAAUAACUUUAUGUCCUGAAUGCAAAGCGUUAUGUUUGGGGCAAAUCCAACCCAUCACGGAGUACCACUCUUCAUAUUUAUGGUGGUGGCUGCUUCAUGUUAUGUGUAUGCUUGUCAUCAGAAAGGACUAGGCACUUUUUUUUAGGAUAAGAAUAAAUGGAAUUGAGCUUACCACAGGCAAAAUCCUAGAGGAAAACCUAUUUCAGUCUGCAUUCCAACAGACACUGGGAGACAAAUGUACCUUUCAGAAGGAAAGGCCAAAUAUAUCGACUGGAGUUGCUUACCAAGACAGCAUCGAAUGUUCUUGAGUGGCCUAGUUACAGCUUUGACUUAAAUCGUCUUGAAAAUCUAUAGCAAAACUUGAAGAUCGUUGUAUAGUAAUAAUCAACUUCCAACUUGACAGAGUUUUCUUGUAGUUUUUAUGGAAAGUUUUCUUAACCUUUUCAGAACAAUUUGAGAAGAUGACUUUAAAUAGAACCAUGAGAACCAUGAGGAAAAUAGAACCAUGAGGAAAUUCCCACAGAAGAAUGUUGUUUCUUAACAUUCUCAAAACUAUUUGAGAACAUUCCCAAUGUCAAACCAGUUGGAGAACAUUCCUAGAAAAUUAACAAAAUUGAAAUGAAAUGUAACCAUCUUAUACUUUUAGGAAAUGUUUUGUUAAGGUAAUGAAAUACCAAGAAAAUAUACUGAACAAAAAUAUAAUUGCAACAUGCAACAAUUUCUAUGAUUUUACUGAGUUACAGUUCAUAUAAUGAAAUCAGUCAAUUGAAAUUAAUUAAUUAUGUCCUAAUCUAUGAAUUUCACAUGACUGGGCAGGGGUGCAGCCAUGGGUGGGCCUGGGAGGGCAUAGGCCCACCCAUUUGGGAGCCAGGCGCAGCCAAUCAGAAUGAGUUUUUCCCCACAAAAGGGCAUUAUUACAGACAGAAAUACUCCUCAGUUUCAUCAGCUGUCCAGGUGGCUGGUCUCAGACGAUCCCGCAGGUGAAGAAGCCGGAUUUGGAGGUCCAGGGCUGGCAUGGUUACACGUGGUCUGCAUUUUGUGAGGCUGGUUGGACGUUCUAAAAAAAAAAAUCUAAAACAACAUUGGAGGUGGCUUAUGGUAGAGAAGUUAACAUUCAAUUCUUUGGCAAUAGCUCUGGUGGACUUUUGUUCAGUCAGCAUGCCAAUUGCACGCUCUCUCAAAACUUGUGACAUCUGUGGCAUUGUGUUGUGUGAUAAAACUGCACAUUUUAGAGUGGCCUUUUAUUGUCCCAUGCACAAGCUGCAUGUGUGUAAAGAUUGUUGUUUAAUCAGAUUCUUGAUGUGCCACACCUGUCAGGUGGAUGGAUUAUCGUGGAAACGGAGAAAUGCUCACAAACAGGGAUGUAAACAAAUGUGUGCUCAAAAUUUGAGAGAAAUACACUUUAUGUGCGAAUGGAAAAUGUGUAGGAUCUUUUAUUUCAGCUCUUGAAACUAGCACUUUACAUGUUAUUUAUAUUUUUGUUCAGUGUACAAUUUUUUUGUUGUCAAGUUCCUUAAAAUGUGCUGAGAAUGUUCCAACACCAAGAAACUAUCCUGCACCAUUAUCAGAAAGUUGUGGGAAGGUUGUAUGCAAAAUAACCAUAGGCCACGCCUUAAGAAACAUAUGGUUCUCAGAACGUCAUGUUGGUUUAGUUGGGGUUCAGCUGUCUUCUAUGUUGGGAAUUCUGAUAAGGCUUUACAAUGACUCAUUAAAAUGUAGGCUACUAUAUAAAUUGCUAUAUCUAGACCACACUGCUUUGGUUUAAUUUUAAAUUGAUGUAUGGAAAGUCUGUUCUAUAUUUAGAUUAAAUAAAUUCACUACAAUGAUGUUGUAAACUUGA